AUGACAGCAACCUUCAGCCGAGCCUCCCUCACUCGUACCCUAGCCCGUAACGUGUCACACCGGAACUUUACCUUCACAACCGCUCGCCAUGUUCGUUCUCCGCCUGGCUCUAUCUGUCUCAAUCCCAGGACCGUCGGCCUCGGGCUCGGCCUCACAACCAGUCUCAGUCUCGUCGCCAUCCACCAGCAACAGCCGAUUAAGUUUGACUCGCAGACGCGGUUGUUCUCAACCACCACGCCAAGAGAAGAGCCGAAGAAAAGGGAGGGCGGGAACGAGCUGCUGAAUCCGGAUACAGUGAAGCAGCUUUCUGGAGGGAGUUUAGCAGGCUUCGCGGCGGGCUUGCUGGUCAGCGUCUUCUCUAAGACGUUGGUGCUUCUCGCGGGUAUUGGCAUGGUGGUUAUCCAGGUCGCCGCACGCAACGGGAUGAACCUGAUUUCGAUGUUCAAGCUCAAAGAGCGCGCCAACACGUCACGCAUUCUAGCCCUCCUAAACCGGCACACGGCCUUCAAGCUAGCAUUUGCCGUCGCUUUCUCCCUCUCGGCUUUUAUGUCCUUCUAA